CAUAACAGUUAUCGGUUGAUUUGAUUGAAAAGGAAAACAGAGUUCAAAUUAGGAAAAAUGCAAGCUUUACGAAAUCCAGUCGUUGUAGUCCUUGGAGCAACAGGAGCUGGGAAGUCAAGACUCGCUCUAGAACUAGGAAAGAGAUUCAACGGGGAGAUUAUCAGCGCAGACUCGAUGCAGGUGUAUAAAGGCCUGGACAUCAUAACAAAUAAAGUUACACCAGAGGAACAAGAGCAGUGCCCCCACCAUGCACUUGGUAUGGUCCAACCCCUACAGCGCUUCACUGUAGUUGACUUCAGGAAUCGGGUGAUUCCACUCAUAGAUGGGUUGCUUAGCAGGGGAAGAAUACCCAUAAUCGUUGGAGGGACCAAUUACUACAUCGAAGCCUUGCUGUGGAAAGUCUUGCUAACAAAUGAGGAGAGCAGCAGUUCCGAAAGUCUUAUGUUUGAAACCAGAGGUGAAGUGGAGAAAUUGAGACUCAGACUAAAAAAUGUACAAGAUAAGCCGUCUCAAAGUAACUUACAAGGGACUUGUUCUAAUGAAAGAACUCCUUCUGAGUCAUCAAAAACAACCCUAGAGUCACAUAGCAAAAUUGAAGUACAACAGGAUCUACAAAUUGAUAGGCUUCAUGCAAAAGAGUCCAUUGUGACAGCCAGCCAAUCAGAACAUGCCUUUCAUCAUGAAUGUGAAGGUUCUGACCAAUCAGAGAUGGAGAUCAAUAAAUCCUUGGAUGGUAGCCAAUCACGAGGUAGGACAGAGAUGACAUCAAACCAAUCAGAAUCAAGAUUACAACAAGUCAACAUGAGCUCUGACCAAUCACAUGUCUCGGUUCCAAAUAGCAGCUUGUCUGAUGAAGACAAAUCAUUGGAAUCUUCGGAUGAAAUUCCAUCCACCCUAAAUGUUUGUCACGAUGGGAGUGGUUCAGAAGAUAUGGUCGAUGGAGUUAUUGAUGUGAACGUCACUGAAAUGGAGAGUAGCGAGCUUCAUGGUCUUCUUCGGGAGGUUGAUCCACAGAUGGCUGAUAAAUUACACCCCAACAACAGGAGAAAAAUUAUCAGGAGCCUCCAGGUGUAUGAGCAGCAUGGUGUAUGCCACAGUGAUCUUCUGAGAGAGCAGAGAGACCAGGUAGGGGGCAGCCAUCUUGGUGGUCCGCUCAGGUACCAAGACUCCUGUGUCUUCUGGGUUCAAACAGAACAGACAGUCUUAGAUACAAGGCUGGACAAGAGAGUGGAUGGUAUGAUGAAUGAUGGGCUGGUGAAGGAACUGGAAGAUUUCCACAAAGAGUACAAUGAGCGGAGACUAGCUGGCAAUAUUAAGGAGGAGGAGCUUUAUACCCAAGGCAUCUUCCAGUCAAUAGGUUUCAAGGAGUUCCACCCAUAUCUCGUCAUCAGCGAGGACGGGAAGAAGAGCGACGAGGGUCAAAGGUCACUGGAGGAAAGCAUCGAGAGGCUCAAGAAGGCAACCAGGCAGUAUGCUCGCAGACAACUCAAGUGGAUCAGGAACAGAUUUUUAAAAAGAGGCAGCAACUGUCCAGGUGUGUAUGGGUUAGACUCGACCAAACCUCAAGAAUGGGACCAGAACGUUUUGGAGCCAGCGGCCAGGAUUCUAGAAGCAGUCAUAGAGGGUAAGGAUCCGCCGAUUUCACCACUCCAAUGCGAAGAGCGGCAGGGGAAAGACCUCUCCCAGACCUUUGUGUGUGAUGUCUGCAUGGGGAGACAGUUUGUUGGUCAGCAGCAGUGGACAGCUCAUCUUAAGUCGAGAAGACAUCAGAAACAAGCGAGAAAGAGAAGACUGAGAGAACUGAUGGAGAAAGAGAGUACAAAGAGACAAGCAGCAGCAUCAUCAUCAUCAUCAUCAUCAUCAUCUAUCACACAGACAGGAACCCCAACACACCAACAAGAGGCAGGAUUCAGUAUUGGUGACACCAAAGGUGAAAUUAGUUAACUUGAGCUAAUGUGCAAUAAGUUCUUGAUGAUUUGAAGUGCUCGGCCCUGUUUCAUAAAGCUAGUUAGCAAUAACAAGUUCUAAUAAUUGUUACAAGCUACUGAAAAUUGUGGCAUUUGAUUGGCUGAAUUUGUCAUAGCAAUUUAGCUUAUGUUAUUGAUAAAAAGCUGUAUGAAACUGGGCCCAGGUUAUACAAUUGUAAUGUGAAAGGAACUGACCAGGGUAGUGUUUCACAAAGACUAAGAUCGACUUUAAGUUGGACUUAACCAUGGCAGGCUGUUCAUGCCACUGGUUCCUCUCACCAUUAUUAUCUUUUAGAUAAUAUUUUUUCCUUCAAUAAUGAAUUAUAAAAAAAAAAAAUUCUGUAGAUUUGUGAUCAUAAUUUGUACGUCCAUUGAGAGUCCAAUGCCAGAAAACUGUGAGAGAAAACAGUGUCAUGAACUACCAUAGUUAAGUCCAACUUAAAGUCGAUCUUAGUCUUUGUAAAAGACCCCCAGAAGAUUGGGAGGAUUAAUCAUGUAGUAUAUAAGAAUAAUAAUUGUUUUUUUGUUAUUGAAAUUUUGCAAUCAUCUAAAACAUAAAACAGAUCAUGAAUCAAUCUAAUGCUAAAUCUUGUUGAAAAUCAUGUGAAAUGAAAAGCACUGCACACAGAUAUGGUUGUUUGGGACUACAUGCCAAAAUGGUAUCAAAUAAAAAAAAUAGUGCCAAGCAGUAUAGUACCGAUACAUGUAAUACAUAAAGGAUACCACAACAAUUAUGCUUUUUUUUCUUCAGAAUGAUAAUUUAAUCUAUCAACAAACUCGUCAUGAAACAAACAAUGACAACAAUUGCAACAGUCCAUACCUACACUAGUAGCGAUUUCAUCACAGCUCUUUAAAAGCUGUGAAAACAAUCACUGAAGAUAAAGUUGUACUUACAUGUACGUUAUACACCUAGACUUGUGCAUUACAUUAUUUUCUUGCAAGUGCUAUUAAAAAAUGAAUGUGUACUUCUAAAUGUAUUUUUACGGCAGUGGUACAAUGUAAUAAAUGUAGACCAGUACGUGUUACUGUAAAAGCUGUUCUAAAAGUUAAACAGUUGAAGAGAUAUACCAAUGAUCAAUGUCGGAUCUUUCAAUUUACAAAAAAAACAAUUAUAACUGUUUCUAAUAAAGCAUCAUACCAGUUAUGACCCGUCUGACCAAAGGCCUUGCGCUAUUGUCUUAUUCCACAUGUGAUAAAACAAAUCUUGAAGUAUUUUAUUCACCGAUAUAUACUGACAUGCAGUUCAUCGGUUUUGCUCUUUUGGGAAAGCUUUGGAAAGACCUUUAACAAAUGAGAAAAUAUUAGACAAGAGAGGGAGGGAGAGAGAGAGAGAGAGAGA